AUGUACAGAUUGUUUAAGCGCCGUCGGAUUGAUCCGCCCGCGCGCGAAGCGCCGGGCGGCGACGUCGACGACAGCGCCCCGGGCGGCGGCGGCCCUGGCCUUGUUUCUAUGGCGCUCUUUCAAAAACAGGAAGAACUGCUCAAAGCCACGAGGUCGGAGCUCGCGCAAACGAAGGAGCAGCUCGCUGCCGCGAAAGCGACGAUCGCGGAGUACGCGGAGAUGCACCCGACGUUCGAUGUGAACGAAGAUGUCGCGAGCGUCGUUUUCUCGCACGUGACGAACGUUCGAACGCGCGUCGCCCUCGCCCAGGUGAACACGGUGUGGAGGAAGGCUUCAAAAGUCGCGUCUUCGCUGCCGCCCUCGCUCGACUUCACGGGGUGUCCGCUCAGGUGGAACGAGCGGAGGACAUGGUUUACGAAGGAGGCAUACGUCCUCGGGUUCCAAGACGUGCUCGAUCUGCCCGAUGCGCACUUUCACGGCCUUCUCGCACAGGCGGGGGCUGACUUGACCACUCCGCUUAGGCAGUGCAACCUCGGCGUUUUCUACAAGGACGCGAAGCGGUACGACAAGGCGCUUGACUGGUACCACAGAGGAGCACGUCAGGGCUGCCCGACUUGUGAGCAUAACAUUGGGCAUAUCUAUAGUGACGGCCACGGCGUGGAGCAAAACAUCGACACGGCGCUGGAAUGGUACACAAAGUCGGCCGAGAAGGGUCACGCCAGUGCACAAAACAACGUGGGCGGUGUCCACCGCAAGAAGGGGCAGCACGAGGAGGCGUUCAAGUGGUUCAUGAAAGCGGCCAAUCAAGGGGACAUUUACGCAGAAUACAACCUCGGAAUAUGCUACGAAAACGGCAAUGGAGUGAAGAGAAACGUUCCCGAGGCGGUGAAAUGGUUCACGAAGGCCGCGGAGAAGGGUCACCCGAGGGCGGCGGAAAACGCCCGCCGUUUGAUCGACGCCAUGGCGUGA